CCCAGAUUUCAAAAAACACAGACUGAAACCGAAGAGCCCUCUUCUCUAGUCUAGGGUUCGCGAUCUGCUUCGCUUCCCGAAGCGAAGAAGACGAUGAGCGUUCCCAUGGAGAUCUCCGUGCAAAACCUCACCGAUCUGGCCAUCUGCGAGCAGAACGGCGUCGCUCCUCCGCCGCCUCCGUCGCCUCCGCCGCCGCCGCCCGCGACCGCAGUCUCCGACGACAAGAUUCUCCUCCCCGUUGAGGUCUGCUUAAAGCCCUCGAGCACGGCUCGCGCAGACGACGUCAGAUCUGCCGUGGAGAGGAUGCUUGAAAAGCGCAGUUUGAGCUACAGCGAUGGCCCCGUUCCCGUGCCAACGGACGACGCGUUUCUUGUGGAUAAUGUUCAGAGAAUUCGUAUUUGCGAGGCAGAUGAGGGUGUCAAAGACCAUGGCGUUCUUUUGUUCUGGCAAGUCAAGCCUGUGGUGCAUGUUUUCCAGCUUAGCGAGGAAGGACCAUGUGAAGAAUCAAGUACUGAUGGCCAACUCUCUAGUUUCCACGAGUGGAUUCUCCCUGCAAAGGAAUUUGAUGGCAUGUGGGAAAGCUUAAUCUAUGAACCUGGUCUGAAGCAAAGGCUGUUGCGGUAUGCUCAAAGUGCCCUACUUUUCACUGAAAAGGGUGUCGAUCCCUUUUUAGUGUCUUGGAACCGCAUCAUUCUUUUACAUGGACCUCCAGGGACAGGGAAGACAUCGUUAUGCAAAGCUCUAGCACAGAAGUUGUCCAUACGUUUUAAUUCGAGGUAUCCACAGUGCCAACUAGUUGAAGUUAAUGCACACUCUUUGUUCAGUAAAUGGUUCUCUGAAAGUGGCAAGUUGGUUGCAAGGCUUUUUGAAAAAAUUCAAGAGAUGGUGGAGGAAGAAAACAAUCUGGUAUUUGUUUUAAUUGACGAAGUGGAAAGUCUCGCAGCGGCUAGAAAAGCUGCUUUGUCUGGUUCUGAACCUUCAGAUUCGAUUCGGGUUGUGAAUGCACUGCUGACUCAGAUGGACAAGUUGAAGUCAUCACCAAAUGUAAUAAUUAUGACAACAUCAAACAUUACAGCUGCUAUUGAUGUUGCGUUUGUUGAUAGAGCUGACAUCAAAGCGUAUAUUGGUCCCCCAACUCUUCAAGCUCGAUAUGAAAUCUUACGUUCUUGUGUGCAGGAACUUAUGAGAGCAGGAAUACUGUCAGAUACACAGAUUGGGUCAACUAAGACCAACACUAAGUACCAAGUGGAACCAUUUCAGGAGCUGGGCAAAUUCACACUUCCAAAUUAUGCAACUGCUCAAGAAAGGCAGGUUGCCCAGGGACAGGAGAUAGCAGAACUUUGCAAAAUAUUGCUUGAAGCUGCAGAGACAUGUGAGGGAUUCAGUGGAAGGUCAUUAAGGAGGCUUCCGUUCUUGACACAUGCAUCUCUUGCGGAUGCUUAUUCUUGUGAUCUAGCCAAAUUCUUGUGUACAAUGAUAGACACAGCGAAAAAGGAGCGGUCUGAGUUACCUGAUUGAAGUUUACAGGGUAAAGUGACAGUUGUUGCAAUUCCUUAUGCCAUCUGCUGUCUGUAUUAUGGAAAGGUUUCCUGUCCUGGACAAACAUUAUGAACGAGACGGUGCACCAUCCAGUAGAGGGAUCAGCUAAUCCGCAUGGAUAAGCAUUUUCUGAUCAAGACAGCAUAAGUAUUAUGUCCCCAUUUAUCCUUUUCUGAAAUCAAAGCAGCUGCCUCUUUCUGCGGAUUGUUCUGUAGAUUUGAACAGAUUUACCUAAAAAAUCAAUCAUUAAGUUUUCUGGCAGGCGCUAUCGCUUUGGAAGGGUAAGGAGGCAUGUAGUUGGAGAAGGUGCACCUAUCCAAUUAUUCAAUCGGCUAAUCCGCAAGCCCCAGGAUGCUACCCGUGUUGUAGAGAAAAUAGCAAGCAGCCUUUCCAUUUCUUGGUUUCUCAUGUAGUCUAUUUUUUUCCUAUAACUUGUUCAUGCAAUGGUCCUUGAAUCUGAAUCUGCAUCCAGAUGUAUGCUUUAUACCUCUGAGAAGACUAGAGCAUUGAUAUAGCAUUGGGAAUCUAGUGAUGUAGAUUUUCCGAGAAAGUUAUAUUUGAG